UUGUUGAUGUUUGUUGAAAUUAUAUUUUAAUUUUCAUCACCAUUUACAAGUAAAUAAUUGUGUUUUAAGCUACUUAAUAGAAUAAUAUAACUAACGCAGUGAUUAGUGAUGUUAAUAUUUUAGAGCCAGUAUGCAACUGAAGGGAGUUAAUGUGAAUAACGCUACCAAAUUGAUAUCGCAACAUGUUGACUCAGUAACAUGCUUAGAAUGUUGCAAAUAUUUCAUCGCCCCUGAGAGGGCUACGUGCGGCCACACGCUGUGUCAUUCCUGUUGGAAGGGGCGUAGAGCCUGUCCAGCAUGUGCGGUGACCUUGGACAGAAGAUCACUGAAGCGAGAUGAACCCAUGAUCACAUUGACAGAGCACAUCAGAGAAUUAGUGAUGGCCUAUGAAAAGUUGUUUGAUAUUAAAUUGGAAGAAUUUGUCAUGGAGGUGCCAGUACCUAAAAAGGAUGACCCAAACAAGAAUGUCAAGGAAUGGCUGACCAGCUCUGAUAAUCAUUUCUCAGCUCCACCUUACUCUGGGUCUCAGCAGUCCACCCAAGAUAUUCUACCUCCUAUCACUCUUUCCACAAGUAAAGUACAAAUUCAUGCAGAAAGUAACAGAAGUUUAUCUCCUAAAAAGGUAGCUCAUGUCUUACAACCCCAAGAUGAUUGGGAUAAGAUUGAAGUGCUACCAGACACAGAAGUUAUUGAAGCUAACAAAAAUAAACAGAAUGUUGUUGGUCCAAUGGAUUUAGAGCCAUUUUAUUUCGACGAAAAUGAUUAUUCAAAUGAGCAUCCACGGAGAAGCUCAAGAAAAAAAGACAUUACUCUGAACAGUAAAGCAAAAUCAGAUAAACCUGCUGACAAUGAUAAACUUGGCUCACAUGACUCAAGUGGAGAAGCAGAAAAAAGGUUGGAUAAAGUGAAACAAAACUGGACAAAUGUAAAGAAAAUGAAGAAAGAAUUCAGCAAGUUAAAUAAGCUUAAUAAAAACAAACUAAAUGUGUCCAUUGAGAUGUGUAAGAAGACACAGAGUGCUGUAAGCAAGCAAAGUUCUGCUACUCCACCUACUGUCCAUGUUGAAGAAAUUGUUAUUGAUGACAAUACUCCAAAUAUUAUUGACAAUAACAAAGUAAUAGCUAACAAAGCUAAAUUUUUACCUACCAAAAUAGUUGAAGAAGUGCCUGGAACUGAAGAAGCAGAAGCAGUUAGUAGUCAACGAAUUUUAAACAAAAAUACUCAGAUACAUCAGUCAGUAAGAAAAGAUAGUUUUACAAAUAAUAAAAGUAAGGAUCGAAAUACAGAUGACAUUAUGAAUGUUGAUGAAGAAUGCAAUAAUGAAAUUAAUAGCAGUAGUAAGGUACAAAGUCGUGUAAAUAAUAAUAACGGACAAAGUAUUUUAGCGAUGGAGGAAAAAAAUAUCAAUAUAGCUAUGUCAGAAUGUGGAGAGUCUGUCAUAAAAAUACCUUUUAUUAAAAAGAGUCCAUUCCAAGUACCUAGCAGACCAGAACAAGUGACAACUACUAAUCAAAUCAUAAACAAUGUGAAUUCCUCCAACCCAGAUGAUAUUCAUAUCACCAUAAGAAUUGGGGAUGUGGUUACUAAUAUUACUAUAAAUAAGAAACAAAAUGAUGUUGAGCUAAAAGUGAACACGGACCGUGAGAUACAGACAUCCCUAGAACCUCAGCCUGUCAAAGAUGUCAAAGAAUUACCACAAGAAGUUAAAACUACUAGAGAACAGCAUGCACAAACUGAUACACAGAUAGUUCCUAAACCUGUGACACAAAAAUCCAUUACGCCUCUCAAAGCAGCACAAAUAUUGGAUAAAACUGUUUCAACAAAGAAAAACACAGCUUCAGCUGAAACAGCCACAGCUCAAUUUGAAAUAACAGAGAGUGUUGAAAAAGAAUUAUCCAACAUUAUGGAAUGUGAUGAAGAAGUAGAUGAUACUCAUAAUACUGAUGCUAAUACCAACAGUGAGAAAUCAAAAAAUAUAACUGUUGUAAAAGGAAUAACUCAGGUUCUUAAAACUAAUACUCAAGUUCUCAAAUCCAAUACCCAAGUUCUCAAAUCCAAUACUCAAAAUCUGAAAUCAAAUACACAAGUAUCUACUAAAUCUGUGAAAAAUGCUAAACCUCAAACUGAAGACGAACAUUUGCCAGAAGACAUUGAAUUUGAAGAUAUGGACAUAUUCAACAGCGGAUCUGUCAAAGAACCAAGUGUGCAUAUGUUAGGAAAAUCUAAGUACACUCCUUCUGAGAUCCUGCCAACCUACAAAACCAAUAAAACUAAAACACAAAAGAUUCCCGAGAAGAGAGACAGAGAUCUUGAUGAAAUUGUAGAGCAACCAAGCAAGAGACAGAAGGUUGAUACUCCACAUAAGAGUCAGCAAGAGGUAGCUAUGCAAGAACAUAAUAAAACAACUGACAGUCCAAACUAUGAUGAGCUAAUGGGUGAGGUAUUUGCCAAUAUUGAUGCUGAUAUCAUUGAAAUUAAAUCACAGAAGGAACAAAAAUCACAAAAGAAAAUAAAUAGUGAAAGCCAAGUUUCACAAACUAUCCUACAGAAGUCAAAUAGUAAAAAUAAAACUCCGAGCAUUAUCAACACCCAAAACAAUACUCUGGUAGAUAUCAACACACAGGACUUGGAUAACAUCGUCGUGCAGAAGGAAAGCGAAAAUAUGUUUUCUACAGUUGGGAACGCGCUCGAAAGGGGGAAUACCCAUGUCCCCGGUCCAGAAACCCAAUUAAACAUAGCUAACCUGCUGACGCCUGGCAUGUGUGAGGACCUGGCGUCGACAGAGGCUGCGCCGCUGGCACCAGGCUCGCAGCCGCCCGAGGUGGUGGUCCACUGCACGCCGGCCGAAGACGAUGACUCCGACAAGAGUGUCGUUGAGGAGACACCGCAGAAGAAUAUCUCAAACCCGACUUCAAAAGGCCGAAGUGACUCCAAUGGCAAUAAGUCAGCCAACACCUCAAAGAAACUCGGACUCUCCAAACCGGCCGUCAAAGUGGACGAGGAGAAGGUAGUGGCCGCGAUCACGCAGGGGAAAUCCCUAGACUCGCAAGACAUAGGCAGUAUCAUCAACUUAACUGACUCAGUAAUGGAUACCACUAAAAGGCAAAGUAAAGACACAACUGUUGCACCUAUCAGAAGCAAACAGACUUCUGAAACACCAUUGACGAUCAACAGAUUUGUGAACCAAAUUAAACAUAAUUCGACGCCCAUGGCGAGAAAGUCACUGAACUUCACCAAAAACGAAAAUGAUGCAGACGCGGAUGAAGACAUCACUCUGUGUCCAACAAACAACUCAAACAUUGCGAAAAAUACUCAGGAGAAGCAGUUUAUGUCUGAACAAUUUGAUAAUAUGCCUAAUUCACCAGUUAGAAGGCCUCUUGUUGCUAGAAAUAAUGUGGUUGAGGAGAAGAAUAAGAAGCUUGUGAUAGCCGGCUCGUGCUUGACCGCGACGGAACAGACGAAUCUAAAGAUUUUGUGUUUCAAACGUAAAUGGACGUUUGUAGACAAAUAUACGCCAGACUUGACCCAUUUAGUUGUGUCCGUUGACGAAGAGUUCAAGGCGCAGAGAUCAGUAAAAUACAUGUGCGCUCUAGCGGCGGGGAAAUGGAUCGUUGCGUACAAAUGGGUGGAGAAGUGCUUAGAAUCGAAUACUUUAUAUGAAGAGGAGCCAUUUGAAGCGCUAGACUCAACAGGCGACCCGGGGCCGCGGCGGUCUCGUCUCGCCACUCGUAAAGUGUUUGAAGGAAUCACUUUCUUCUGCAUGCCUCCGUUCAGCGUUCUCGAUAUUGAUACGUUGAAGAGCAUGUUGAUCGCGGCGGGCGGCACCAUAGCGGCGGCGGCGCACGAGGCGCGGGCGGGGGCGGCGGGGGGAGGGCCCGCGCUGCUUCUAGCCGAGCCGGAGAGCACGCAGGAGGACCGCUUCAUGUACAUGGCAAUGGAACUCAGCAUAGUCCCAGUGAACUACGAGUGGGCUCUCAACUGCCUCGGCAGCUACUGUCUGUGUCCGCUGCCGGAGCUGCUGCUGUGCCCCGCCUCGCUGCUGCCGCGCGCCGCCGCCGCCUGGCCGCGGGAGAUGAUGGACACUGGGGACAACGAGGAGUGAUGUACUGUGGAGAUGGUGUAGGCGGUACAAUGGCGAUAUUACAGCUUCGGAUAGUGUGAAAUUCAUGCAAAAAUUCAUAAAAAGUAAAAAUGGAAGGGCUUUUCCAUAAAAACAGCCAAUAAGCGUAAAUGCGCCACUAAAAGCAUCCUUGUAACUUUAAGCACACAUGGCGAUCGUAUACGCCCAGAUCUGGCACAGAUACAUGGAUAUUCUGGUCCUGUGUACCUACGAGCGUUGGUGUCGCGAGUG